AUGGGUUUGGAUCCAUCUUUUGCUGAUCCAGCCAUCCAGGUGUGUAGGUCAACUUGGACGCAUAUUUGGGCCUUGAGCUACACUUGCGUAAUUGAGUCUCUAGCCAUGUCACGGUGCUUUCUUUACCCGCCUCCGGGGUAUGUGAGGAGCCAUUCUGGUGGUUUGGCCUUGUCCGAAUCGAUUGAGAAGAAGCGGCGGAGGCGAGAGAGGAGGAAGGAGAAGAAAGAACGUAGUAAGAAGGGAAUAUUCUUUGAUAUUGAUGACGAUACAGUGAAAAAGCACAACGGUGGGUACAUAUCGGAGUUGAAAGUAGAAGAACAAGAAGUUGAGCAAUCAGAGAUGAGUAGUCUGACCGAAGAACAUGAGCAGACUGUCUCGUCUGAUGGACCACAGAGUAGCAAAAAGAGGAAAGCCUCAUCAUCGUCGAAUGGCAGUGAUCACGAAGAGAACAUUAAUACUGUUCGGAGGAUUAAAUCGACCUUGCGAAAGCACAAAGAACAAUGUUGUUCGGAGGAUUUAGUCAAAGUUCCUGCUCCUACUCUGGACGAUAUAAUAAGUCCCAAUUCGAGGCAGAAAGCAGCAUCUCUGUACAGAGAUUUCAUUGAAGAGUGGUUUUCACAGAGUUUGGAUGCUGAAGAUUGGCUUCUCAGUUCAAAAAGAAUUGCAGAAUCCCCUAAUGUUGCCAGUCUAUGGCCCAGUGCCCGUUACAUACCUGAGGCUGAUGUAUUUGCUCUCCCUUUUACUCUUCCAUUUUGA